CUGGAUCCGAGCAAAAUCCAUGCAGCUCCCGGCAGCUCCUUCAGCUCUCGGCCUGGCGCGUCCCUGAGCCCACGCUUAUAGUAGAGUCUAUUGAGUGCACAUAAUACACCAGUCAUUGGCCGUGAGGGUUCUCGCGCAAAGCAAUGCCAGUGUGACACCAGCGCGGAAGCUGUAUUACCGACUGGAGCGGCUUGCCAUCUUGAUAUCAUUCUCUUUAAACCUGUGAUGGUCAAGCAUUAACGGUGAUUACGCUACGCUAGGUAACUCCUUGCUUGCCCUGCAACGCCUGGCAAUGCCGUUGUUGUAGCUAAAUUCUAUUUUAAAAAGCAGCCUAAUGUAUUUAAUGAAAAUAUUCAUGUUGUGUCUGCACAGGAGACUAGCUCUAGGCCGGCGUCGGCCAGACCAGAUAUGCGACUGCCUACCGAACGUGACGCUGCGCCGACAACGCCCAGCGAGUUGUCAGCAAACCUCGGAGCCACUGGCGUCGUCCCGCAAACACCUCACCAUGUGAACGUGCAUGUUGAGUGUGCGCGCAGUGGGGCGGACGAGACCCCAAUCGUCUCGUCGAGCACCGCCGCGCCCCUGUCCGGCCUGGCGAGGCCCAGCGCCGAGCAGCCUGCGCCGAGCGACUGCGCCCCGCAGGCACCAAGCCGCGAAAUCUGCUACGAGUCCGCGGCGGAACGCGCGGAGCAUCCUGCGCCUUCAGGCCAAGGGGCCGAGCCGCCGCUCCGCCAGGGCUCGUUGAUGGCCGCCUCCGCACCCGCCUCCUCCACCGCCACGGCGUGCACAGCCGCCGAGGCUCUCACCGCAGCCGCAUGCGUUGGCGUGGGCGACAGCAAGCAGCAGGUGUCACCGGCCGACGAACCGCCGCCGGAGCAGAUGCACGGUUGCGCCCCAGCAGCUGGGAUUACGGACGAGGGAGCUGGAGAUUCGGACAACUGCGGACACCAUCUGCACCAUUCCACACCGCCUGUGCCCCCAACCCCGCCCUCGCCAUCCGAGGGCUGCACGGCAAUGCCGGCGACGCAGGAAGUCGAGCAUAAGCAGCAGCUGCAGCCGCCGCAGAGUGGCCUACCGGCCUCAACUGCCAUCCAGCAUCGCACCGCAGCUGCUGCCGCUGGUGUCAGCAGCUCGCCUAAUGGAGCUUUUUCCACAGCGCUAGCGCCCUCAUUGCUCGCCCUGGCUCCCUCUGCCAGCACAGCCGAGGCCAAUGCCGUCCCACCGUGCACAGCAACCGGCGCAAACGCGGUUCACACCGGAUGCGAUGUGUGCACUGGUGCCGCCGCCAGCGCCACUGCCGCUGCCGCGUCUUCCCUGAAGUCCCUCACGCCGGAGCUGCUGCUGCGGGUGAUGCAGGCGGCGGCGCAUCUGACCGCAGCGGAGCGGCGAGCCUCCGCUGCCGCCGCCCGCGCCGCGGGGCACACGCUGCUGGCUCUGCAGGCAGAGACGGGCGACGUCGCCCCUGGCUUCACCACCCCUCCUCCAGCGUUGGUGAUAGCGGGAUCGCGCCCCAGUAGUGCCGGUGACACCGCUCCCUCCACUGCUGGCAUCGCCGCGCCGGCGCCGCUGCGGCCGCACUGCAUGGGCGUGGCGGGUGUGAGCCGUGAGCUGCGGAGCGCGGUGCAGCAGCUGCUGAGCCACCCCAAGGAUGCGGCGGCGGUGCUGCAUGCGCGAGACGGCCCCGCGGCCUGCGCGGCAGCGGUGAUCGGCUGGCCCGAGCUACGCCACAGCCUGCUGGGGAAGGUGCCGCGGGCGCCAACACAGCCACUAGCACCGGCCCCGACAAGUGAGCCGUCCCCCAGCAGUGCGUGCAGCAGUGGCGACCGGCCAGACUUGCCACCGAUGCCGUCUUCGCCUUCCAGCUCAUCACAGCAGCAGGCGGAAGGCAGCACCCAGGCUGUUGGGGCAGAGGAGGGUGCUCCCGGCGGCCACGGUGCAAGCCGUUCCCACCUUCCGCUCGGCGGUGCCCACAGCUCCCAGCUGCAUACAGGAGUGCCAGUAGCUGACCGGCCUCCGCUACCCCACCCGCUGCAACUGCGCUCCAGUGCCCCGCCCGCAAUAGCACAGACCGCUGACACUGCAGCAGAGCCGCAACAGCUUCCCGGCGCAACAGCUGCCUUCGGGCCCGAUACUAACGUCAGCAGCGGCGGCUGUGCCCCUGCCGGCAACAGACGUGGUCGCCGUGCCGCAAUGCGGAGCAGCGGCUCCUCUCCGGAGGUGGCGGUGUGGGCGGACGCCGCCGCCGACAAGCUGCUGGCGCUGGCGACUGAGCUGGCGGCGCUACAGGGGGUGCCGGUGUGGACACAGGUGGCAGGGCUGACGCUGGCGAUCAAGGAGCAUCGCAUUGACUGCCUGCAGCGGGCCGCCCAGCAGCGAAAGCGGCAGCAGGCGAGCAGCCAGCAGGGUGACCAGGCGGGGCGCCAGCGGCAGGAACAACCCGACCCUGAGGCAGACGCCAUGCUGGCGCUGUCGCGCCGGCUCGCGAGCAGGCCGCUGGCGACGCCACAGAGCUCUUUCGUCACAAGCAGGAGCAGCAGCAGCGACCGCGACUACAACAAGAGCGCCAGCGACAUGAGCUGGCCGUCCUACACCGCACACCUGAUAGGGGCAGCGAGUGCCGGCAACGUACAGCUGCUGCAGGCGCUGCUGGGGCCGCCCCUGCCCCGCCUGGUCACCGAGCUGCCUGUACCGCCCCGCACGGGGCCCAGGGCCGAGGCACAGGCUGCGGCGGCGGCCGGAUUGCGGCGGCCGCAGGGGCCCACGGCGGCGCUGCUGAGGCCGCGGCGGCCGCUGAGCGUGCGGCCCUGGCUGCCGGUGGCUCUGCACGUGCUGGUGCCGGCGCUGCGUCACGCGGCGAUGAUGCAGCGGCUGGAGGCGGCGGCGCUGCUGGUGCUGCAGUACGGCGCGCCGGCAGAUAUCCGGGAGGACGGGGCGGGCGGCAGGCUGGCGGCCCCAGUGGCGAUGCUGGGCCGCUUGCUGGCAGCUGAGGGGGUCGGGCACGAGGGGGGCGUGAUACCGGCGCUCACGUGGCGGCGGCUUGAGGCGUGCGUCGAGAGCAACGACCCCGGGUGGACGGAGCUGUGCCUGGUGGCCGACGUGUGGCGCCGCCGCAAGUUCCCACUGCCGGCCGUGCCGCGGCAGGGCCUCCUCGACGACCACUGGCCUGGCUGCGCCGCAGCGGCCGCCGACGUUGUGGCAGCGGCAGCCGCGCCCGGAGCGAGUGAGGCGGCAGAGGCGGUGGCGGAGGCGCUGGCAGAGGAGGAGGCGCUGCACGGCCGAGGGCAGGCGGCGGCCAUGCUGCGGCGAGUAGCCGCAUCCGCUAACCCCAACUCCGGGCCCACUGCGCGGGUGCUGCUGCGCUAUCUGUGGCCCAACCUGCAGCGUGUGGAGCUGCUGGGGGCGGCGCUUGCGGCGGCGACGCACACCAGCGCGGUAUCGGCGCUGGCGGAGGUCACCCCGCGCGGCGCGCUGCACUCGCUGGCGUCAAAGUCGCUGGUGGCCGUUGGGGGUGAUGCGCAGCGGGCGUUCGCGCUGGUGCGGGUGCGGCUGCUUCUGCAGGUGCUGCUCCGUGACGAGGACGGAGGGGUCAGCGACGAGGGCGCAAACGCGCUGGCGGUCGCGCCCCUCCCAGGGCUGCGGCCGCGGCGGCGGCUGCUGGACACACUGCCCCGCGAGCUGGCUGACCUGCUGGGGGCUGCAGUGGCAGGCGCAGCCCAGGACGGCCGGGCUGAGGCGGUGCGGGUGCUGCUGCUGCAGGAGCAGGAGGGCCAGCCGCCACCGCCGCUGUCGCAGGAGUGCUUUGGGCGGGUGUUGGAGGCUGCUGCGGACUCACCGCCCGGGCCGGCAGCCGUGGAGGUGGUACGGCUGGUGUUGCGGGCGGCAGCAAACGCAGCGCCAGCAGAGUCACGGCAGCAGCAGGUGGUGGAGUUGCUGAUCACGGCCCUGCCAGCUAUUGCCGAGCGGCGGAGAGUGGAUGUAGCUACUGCGCUCAUCACCGCAGCCGCAACGCACCUGUACACGCCUGAAAUGCGCGAUCAGAUGCAGCACCAGGAGCUGCAGCCGCCAGCUGCUACUGGGGCGGGUCCUGCCCAUGGGACAGCUGGAGCCGCAACCCCCGAAGGCGCCAGUACCAGCCGUGGUACCGCGCAGGCAGCAGGCGCGCUCACCUGGGCGGCGCGGGCAGUGGUGGCGCCUGCAGUGCUUCGGACGCUGCAGGCCAGCUCCGCCGACGCCUUGGCUACCAUCAUUGCCGCCACGGUGGCUGCUGCUGCGGAAGGCGCCGUGCCGACGGAGGCGCCGGUCGGGUCUGUCGAACAGAGCUCGAGCGGUGGGGCUGGUGACGCUGGUUUGUGGCAGCGGUACGGGCUGCUGGCGGCGGCGCUGUCCGAACUGGACGCCGCCCCAGGGCCUUCCUGGCGGCUAGCGGCGGGCGAUGUGGCGCUGGCCCUGCUAGCCUCGCCUCCACCUCAGCCACUGUCGUCUGCAGUCUCCUACGCAGCGCCGGGCUCCGCAAUGAGUGAGCGGCUGGCUCGGCGGCUGGCCGCCUCCAGCGCCGCCUUCGUCGCCGCCGCUGGCGGUCGCCGCCCCGCCGUCGCCUGCGCCUGCUGGAGCGCGGCACGGCACUUGCUGUACCAGUGCCCGCAUUGCUGCUGGUACACGUCGGAUGGGGUGCAGGUGGUGGCCGGGGCGGAGGCCGCCGCCGACCCACAGGUGUGCGGCAUGGCGGCGGCCGGUGUGGCGCGGCAGGCCCAGGCGGAGGCGGAGGAGCGGGUGCGGGCCCGAGCCGUGGCCAUACACGCACUGCUGGCGGUAGGCCGGGCGCGGCCAGUGCGGUGGCAGCCGCUCCAGGCGAGCAGCAGUGGCGGUGGCAGCGCGGGGCUUGAGCAGGUGCCGGCAGGGAGCUGCCCGCCUGAGCGAGAGUAUGUGUCUCAGCGGGUGCUGGACCGUGUGCUGCUGCAGGUCAGCCUUCAGGCAGUCGCCGGCUGCAGCGGCUGCGACGGCGACCACUAUGACAGGGACGAGCUGGCACACGCCCGCGCUGCCGGCAUGUGCAUGCAGUGCUACGGCUGUCAACACCGUCGCCGCCACCACUCCCAGCCGCCGCUUUCAACAGAGUCAGCCCGCGCCCUUCUUUCGGUGCUGGCAGGCGGCAGGUUGCCGGCUUCUGCUCAAGGCGCCGGCACGGAAGCGGGCGGCAGUGCCGUUGGCGUUGGGCUGCUGGCGGGUGGCCUGCGGCCGUCGCCGGCUGCGUUGGUGGCGGCGGUGGAGCUUGUGUGUAGUGAGACGGCCAGGCUGGUGGCUGGAUACUGUGAGGCGGCCAAGCGCACAGCGGCGACAGAGGAAGGGCAAGUGUCUGUGGUCCUGGCGCCCAGACAUAUGGUGGCCAACGCGGAAGCCGCGUGGCCUGCUGCUGCUGUCGACAUCGCUGCCGCCAGGGGCCCCAGCAGCCGGCCAGCAGGUACAAGUGGAGCCAACGACCCGCCAUCUCCGCUGCCGCACCCUUUGCCGUCGGCACUGCGAGCGAACGUGCUGGCUGCUUGUGUGCUGCAGCGGCAGAGCCGCCUGGCGGCGGUCCUGGCCUCCCUGCUGGCGCCGCCGCAUGCGCUCAGCACGCCGCCCCGAGGACCCUCUGCCACACCCCUGCCGGCGCCAACGACUGCCUCAGGUCAGGCCAGCUCACCGCGCAUGGCGCCUCACCCCCAGCAGCAGGUGCAGCCCUGGCUGGCCAGCUGCUGCUACCCGCUGCACACCGGCGCGCUGGAUGAGGCAGCGGUUGCGGCUGUGGCUGCAGGUGGUGUGGAGGAGCUGGAGACAGUGCUGGCGGCGGCGCCGCUGUCGCCCGGCGGCUUAUGCCAGGUGCUGCGGGCUGUGGGGCAGCUGGCGGAUAGAGGCACAGCGGCAGCUGCCCAUAAGGUGGCAGGGGCGGUGCUGGAGACCGCCAUGCCAGCCGCUGCGGCGCUGGCAGUGGUGCGUCGGCGCUAUGCGGUGCCCCAGGCCGUGUUGGACUGGCUGCUGGGCGAGGCAGCGGAUGCAGCUGCGGCAGCAGGGAAGGCGGUGGAGGCCGCACCGGCAGGGCCUGGUGGCGGGGUGCAGAACGAAGACGCCAUGGGCGCGGUGUGGCUGUGGCGGCGCGCUGGCGCAAACCCCUGGCCGUGGCUGCUGGCUCGCACUGAGCGCAUGCAGCAGCAGCAGGAGGCGCAUCACCAGAAGCAGCGGGUACAGGCGCACACGCGGACAGCGCGGGCCGCAGUGGCCGCACGGCUGGCGGUGGACGGUGUGCUGCGGCCGCUGGUACGGCCUCGGGCCCAGGUGCUGUGGGCCGGGGGUCGGGUGUCGCAGCUGGCGAGGGACUGGGUGGCGGCCGUCAGGGAAGCUGGGGCAGUAGUGGAGGCGUGGCGUGAGGGGCAGGGGGGCUGGAUGUAAGUUGAUUGCCAGCAUUGAUAUUGCGUAGGUAGGGGUGCGGGGUGUACAUAAACCAGGAGUCGCUGGUUGUGCCGGAACCCCACGCAAGUGGUCAUGGCGCUUUGGAAAGACAUUGGGUAGCACUGUGAUUGUCACAGUAUGAUACGGGUUUACGGAGUAUGUCACGAGGCAGUACACGAGCGCUUGGUUAGGUAGCUGCUUGAGGUAGGUAGGUGCACAGCUGUAAGUCCUGCAUGCACGCCGCCCAUUGAUGCGGUCACAUGUGGUCAGGCAUGAUUAGCUGUUACCUUGUCCGCAGCUCAACCGCACGUACAGUUGUGUUCAGCUGAGAAGCUUGUUGCUGGGCUCUAGACGUGUGAUUGCAGUACCGUUGUUGUUCUAUUCAGGGUUGCACUGUACUAGCCAUUUUCUUAUAAUACGCGUAUUAAUACGCAGUACACAGCUUUCUAGUACAAUACACUUAUAGUACGCCGGCGAGCAAGGGUUAGUACGUGCUAUAGUACGUCCCAUGCAGCCUAUGCCCGGUCCCAUUGCAAAUUUCGCUCUCCGUGUUCCUCCUUAGUAUCCUUCCCUGUAUCCUACUAUACAUGACCAUACUCGAGGCCGUUACAGCUCGCUAUGCUGUUGGAAACGCAUACUUGUUAUUAAAUGUCGAGAAAUGAGCGGAGUGACAACUGCACAGCCUGUUUUGCCUACUGUUUGGCCAUCAAGUAUAUCCAUCCAGAGCUCCAUUGCGCGUAUCCAAUAGGGCAGGCUCGGUUCGCGCAUCGCAUCGGCCAUCGUGUCACUGAUAUCAGGCUUU